CUCUCUCAUGCCCUAUCUCCUAUGGUCGCCGAUUGGUCCUCUUCAAAAACCGAAACGAAGUGGUAAGAUACAUCUGUCAUCGAUAUCAAUGAUGCUCGUCGCCCGUGUUACAGUUGAUGCAUGAUGUGUACAGUCUUCCGGCUGAAAAGUGUUCCGUCGAUCUUAAUAUUAAGUAUUCCGUUCAUUAACGAGUACAUGACUCUUGAGGUCCUUUUCAGUUUGUAAUCAGGAGGGGGUUGUACACAAUUGUAAGCUGAUAGGUACAUUGUUAACGUUGAUGUCAAGAAGAAAGGGAAAACAAGAGGAAACGUUGAACAGAUUCCAGCAGUGCGAAGAAGAACUCUCACGGGCACUCGGUCGCGUACCAUGAUCAUGAUGGAUCCCAACAAACCGUCCUACAAAAGCAGCCGUUGUUGAUUUUGCGCAGUGAAUGGCUACGAAUAUCUCUCACCAGCUACAGACUGGCACGGGAACGAGUCCGCGAUCUCAGUCCAACGGGCCGCAAAAACCUACAUUCCAAGCAUCAUGGGACGCGAUAGUGAAGGAGAUUGAUGCUCAUGACGAUGGACGGAUGAAAGGAUAUAAGGAGGACAUUGAUACUCUCUUGGUUUUCGCUGGUCUAUUUUCAGCAGUCGUCACGGCUUUUACAGUAGAAUCCUACCAGUGGCUGUCAGAAGAUCCUGCUGAUAUCACAGUCACACUCUUGACGCAAAUCUCCAAGCAAUUAAGCGGCCAAGCUAUAGCCAUACCUGAACCUGCACCAUUCAGCCCCACUCUUUCUAGUGUUCGAAUCAACACAUUCUGGUUUCUCAGUCUUACUCUCUCUUUGGUAGACGCCCUGUUUGGACUCCUCUGCAAGCAAUGGCUUCGAGAACAUCAACGACAGGUUCAUACACGUACACCCGGAGAAGCUUUGGCGCUUCGAUGGCUUCGCAACGAAAGUUUUGAGAGAUGGCAUGUCCCCAAGAUCCUCGCGGCACUUCCUAUCCUACUCGAGAUCGCCCUUUUCCUUUUUUUCGCCGGUCUAUUGGAUUUAUUGUGGGCCCGCCAUCAAAUUCCGUACGCCACCACCAUGGUGGUAUUGGGGUUUGCUAUUCUAGUCUACCUCGCUACCACCAUCAUCCCUGGAAUCAGUAUCAUACAACAAGCUCUCCAGCUACAUCCGUUUUCUAAACGGUGGUGGCCCCACGAACUCAUUUUCCAGUUACCACCGAUUCAAUUCGUUUGCCCCUACAAAUCGCCUCAGUCAUGGCUUAUCGUCCGGUUGUUCUCAGCCAUAUCUCAUCUACCGGGGUUCAAACAUGUUUUCCGUGUUGUCAUCUCCAAACGGUUCAAUGUAUACCCAUCAUCAGAAGGCGUCACCCUCAGUAUAAAAGAAAACGUCCACAACCUAUCGGACUGGUCUGCAUUGGACGCCACCGUAAUACGAAGGUUCUCCAAUAUGAAUUCUUGUCCGGACAUUUAUAGGUUGUUGGGCUUUCGAUGGCUAGUGCGGGAAUUUCAGGACCUUCCGUCCAUGAUACCUCAUCUCCGGAAUGUGUUGGAGCAGCCCGACCUCCCACCGUAUCUAGUCAUGCCCUGUGUCUUCGACGAGUGGAUAGCGUUGCAGGAGAGGGAAUGGCAACCCACUUUUCUCGAUGGUUACAUUGGUAUUGGGAACCACGUUCCUGCCCUGGUGGCCUCACGCGACGGUGGCGGCAACUCCUCCUCCUCCCCCUACUAUCCCCGCAAGGAUUUCGUUCUGUUUUCACAACUGCUUUAUUUCCGGCAUUUGAUAUUCGUCGCAUGGAACUUCCAGCCGUUCAAUCCGGCAAAGACAGUAUCGAUCCAGAGGAAAAUAUGGAAGAAUGUAGUCAACAAUCCGGAAGACCGUCAUGAGAUUGGCUUUCUCAUCCCGUUUGUUGCGGUCGAAGGCAUGUUGGACAUGGUGGACACGGUGAAUGCAAACCUGAACGGCGGUGUCAAUCCGAGUCUGUCGCUUGUGUUUGAAGUGUUGGGUUUUUACUUGGAUUGUUGGAACCACGUAGGCCGGCAGUCUCGUAGAGAGUUGUUGGCCGCUUUGGCGAAACACAUUACUGAUUCCCUUCCAUGGCCACCGGAAGCCAAAGCCAAAGGCGAGGGCGAGGGCGAGAUUAGAUCGGGAUCAGUGCUUGUAACGUCGCCGAAAGGCCUUGGAUUCCUCACUUCUGUUCAUAACAUGCUGGUCUACGAUUCCAUGUGGCAUCACGGAGGAGAGAGAGUUUCCAUAUACCUGUGGUUAGAUGCCUUGAACCGCGUGAAAACGUUCCACGGAUUACUGGCUAACCACCAUUUCCAACCGAUCCCGGGAUAUUUUUCAGUUUCUCCUGAACGGCUCGAAACUAUUCUCACUGAGGAUGGUGAUCCGACAUCUGAAUCCGUCAUCUUCGAUUUUUCAGACUCUUUUCAGCAAGCGUGGAAAACUGUAUCGCUUCGGGAUCGGUGUCGGAUGGUUGGUAUCCUGUCGAACCAUAUGGACCGCUUUCCGCUUGAAUUCCUUUCCAUGGUGAAUGACAAGCUACUAGCUGAGGCUUACCCGUGUUUUAUUCCUGAACAGUUGGCUCAGUCCUGGUCAACAGCUUUGGAAUGUCAUGUGCGUGUGGUCAAGUCGUUACCACCUGGCUAUUUCAAGCCUAUACCGUCCAUCGAUAGUCCUGCCGAAGCCGAGAUCGUAAAGUGGACCCGUGGUAUUGAGCGGGGGUGA